ACCACAACCACCACACCCUCCUUUUUCUCCCACAAAACACCCCCCCUACUCCCAGACUCAAGUUUCAACACCAGGUACUUAUCGCGCAGCUCGCCAACCACACAACCCACAUUCCACCCGCUAAACCCCACUUACAGUCCCGUCGCGAUGCUCAUCACGCGCGGCUUCUCCCUGACCAACUUCGUGAUCGCCAGCUCGGCGCUGUGUUUCCAGGUCUUCGUCCUAUACCCGUGGCACCACAAACUGGAGGAUGAUUUCAAGGAGCUGAGGACGGAGCAUCUUCGUUUGCUGAAGGAGAAUGAGGAGAGCCGGGUCAGUGAGUUGAAGAGUAUAAGGGAGCAUUUGCGGGAGGCGUAUCGGAAGGUCUAGGAGGUGGGUGGUAUGGGUCUGGGUUGGAAGCCGAAAGUCGAACACUUGGAAGGGAUGGUGCAUUGGGGAUGGAUAUACACGGAGGGUCAUUCGGCUUUAUACCGUCUAUGAGCGACGGCGACGGCGACGGCGCUUUACAUGCACAUGCACAUGCACAUGCACAUGCACAUUAGACGGAGGUGGUUUGGACUCUGGAUAGAUACCGGUGCUGAUAGAUCAAUAGACG